AUGAAGUCCUAUUUGUGUUAUCUCUUGCCGCUCUCGCUACUUGUGGGUACUAGUCUUGCGCAGGUUGAAAUGCGCGAGCCUGCACCGCGGCGUUCCAAGUUCAGCAAGUACUAUAUGGACAGCGAUGACGUUGACUACAACAUGAAGACGCCUCUGAACAGCGUUGUCGGCUAUCCAUGCCGUAAGUUCCCUGAGGGCCCUGUGCAAGGAACCUUGAUAGCCGGCCAUAACUUCAAGGUGUUUUUUGACGGUACGGCGACGCGGCAGGGUGGUGAUUGCCAGUUCGCCAUUUCGUACGACAACGGCACCACGUUUGGUGUGCUCUGGGACAAGCAAGAUAACUGUUUACUGGACACAAUUAAUGGCGGCUAUGAUGUGCCCAUCCCCGAGACGUUGCCCAGGGCAAAAAGGGCGAUAUUCGCGUGGACUUGGAUUGAGGCGCUGUCUGAUCGCUCGUUCUUCAUGAACUGUGCCGAUGUGCGCGUUGAGAACUAUGGUACC